AUGACAAGGACACCCCCACCAGUGCGAAGGGUUGCCAUUAUUGGAGCAGGAGCUUGUGGAUUGGUUGCAGCCAAAUAUCUACUUGCCGAAGAAUGCUUUGAUAAGAUCGACCUCUUCGAGCAAAGGAGCUGUGUUGGGGGUGUAUGGAAUUUGAAUCCGGCAGAAGAUAAGGAUCAAGCCACUAUUCCAGUUCCCGCAGAAGACCCAAACGUUCCUUUGGAAGAACCCUUUUGGCAUACUGGGACUUCAAAAUCUUCAGGAAAGGAAGCGACAUUUCUCUCGCCGCUGUACGAGGGGCUAGAAACGAAUAUACCCCAUGGGCUGAUGCGGUUUUCUGAUUUACCCUUCCCCGAUCGAACGCAGCUGUUUCCAAAGUUUAAGACUGUGCUUGAGUACCUGGAAAAAUAUAGCUUGGACGUUAAACAUCUUAUACAAUUCCAAGUGCAGGUUUUGGAUAUUACGCCUGCAGACACUAACCUUGGGACUUGGACAGUUACCAGGAAAGAUCUGGUGAGUGGAGAGUUACAGACUGAUGUCUAUGACGCGGUUGUAAUUGCGAAUGGACACUAUAAUGUGCCCCAUGUGCCCUCGGUUCCUGGAAUGACAGCCUGGAAGAAAGCAUACCCUCAAGGAAUACUCCACUCAAAGCAAUAUCUCAAUUCUGCGCCCUAUAAGAACAAGAAGGUUGUUGUUGUGGGGAACUCUGCCUCGGGCUUGGACAUUGGGUCACAGAUUAGCAAAGUCUGCCAGCAGCCUCUCAUAUCCUCCAUCAGGUCCGAGUCUUACUUCCUAUCAUCUGCUCCGUCAGAUAGGAAGGAGUAUCCGCCCAUAGCAGAGUUCAUGUCACCCGAGACUCACAAUCGGGCUAUCCGGUUUUCCAACGGCGAAAUCGAAGAGGACGUUGACGUUGUCCUUUUCUGCACUGGAUAUCUCUAUUCAUUUCCCUUUCUUUCGGGUCUCGACUUACCCGUUAUUACCGAUGGUGGUAGGACAUUGCAUGUUUACCAGCAUCUCUUCUACAUCGAACAGCCCACACUGGUGUUCCCGGGCCUACAUCAGAAAGUUAUUCCCUUCAUACAGGCGGAGAACCAAUGUGCAGCAUUUGCGCGAGUCUGGUCCGGAAGACUUAAUCUACCAUCGAAGAAGGAGAUGUAUGAAUGGGAAAACUCCAAUAUUGAAGCUCGAGGCCCAGGAAAGGCCUUUCAUGCACUAGCUUAUCCUCUUGAUGCCGACUAUCUCAAUCAGAUGUAUGACUGGGUAGCAAGUGCGAAGCCAAGGCCAGGCCUUCCUAACGACGGACAUGGGAAAUGGGGGCCAAGAUGGAGCGAGAAAGAGAGAUGGAUAAGGUCAAAAUUCACCUUGAUAAAGCAAGCAUAUGCUGCACUCGGAGACAAGAGGGGAUCAUGCUUAACCCUGGAGGAGCUUGGCUUUGACUAUGAAGCAACGAAAAAGGAGCAGGAGAAAAAUUAA